CGUAGCAACAAUGUUGCAAGUUUCAACUGCACGUGCUGAACAGUGCCCAGUACUCAGUACUUACCGAAAAGACGCUCUACUCUCGAGGUGAUCUGCUGACAACCACUCAGACUUACUAUUUCUAGUGCUGACAAUUGUGGACUACCUGAGGAAUUAGCGCAAAUUGACUUCAGCCAACUCAGUCAAAGUAUACAAUUACAGUCACUCAGUCAGUGAUACAAAAGGAACCCGCCAUUGUUUACGUUCUACGAUUAAUAAUUUUGUUAAAGCAGCCUUAUCGCUCUGAGAACUAGGGCGAUUUUGUGGAUCAUUUCUUCUUGCUUCUCUAUUUUUGAGCCACUUCGUAGGAAUGUCUGCUUCUGGAGCGUCUGCCCCACAAGUGGUUUUCCAACAGCCGGGAAGCAUGCCUAGUAUGCCCAUGGGCAUGAGCAUGAGCAUGCAGCCGUUGGUCAUUUGGGCUCCCAUGCCCACGCCCAUCCCUGGCGUCCCGCCCGGACUGGAAAUGCUACACGGGAAGGAGUUCGUUAAGGUCGAGCAACAACACGAAUGGUUGGAAGUGUUUACGGGCUUCGAGGAAGCCAAUCGCUACAUUUUGAAAGACGAGAAAGGCGCCUACAUGUACUUCGCCGCGGAAAACAGUCAUUUUUGUGCACGUUGGUUUCUGGGCACUUUGCGUCCCUUUGAGAUGGGCAUCUAUGACAACAUUCAACGCCAUGUGAUCAAUAUAAUCCGGCCCUACAAAUGUGACAGCUGCUGCUGUUUCUGCUGCCUCCAGACUAUGGAGAUCCAAGCCCCGCCCGGCACACCUAUCGGCUUCGUGGAGCAGGACUGCUCUUGCUGUCUGCCUAAAUUCCGCAUUCUGGACGAGGAUAAAGAUGUGAUGUUCCGAAUCAAGGGACCUUGUUGUACGUCCAGUUGUUGCUGUCGGGACGUUGAAUUCAAGAUUCUGGAUCCGGAAGGCGAGAAUCAGGUGGGUCGCAUCGCAAAAAAGUGGUCGGGCAUUCAAGAGUUCUUUACCGAUGCCGACAAUUUCGCCAUUGAGUUUCCCAGUAAUGUGGAUAUCAAAGGAAAAGCUACGCUUCUGGCCGCCUGUUUUAUGAUUGAUUAUCUGUACUUUGAGGACAGCGGCGGGCACGACAGGCUUAAUCAAUAAUUACUACUGUUAACACUUGUUGGUGAACCUCUUCGAUCCUGACUAAUCAGGGAACAUGCAAACUUCGCGCUCCCGGCGGACCGUUUGGCCUUUUAUAGCACAGUUAUAUUUUUAUGUAACUUUCUUUAUACCAGCUGCUCUUUUAGUCACGUUUGUUACAGUUCACAAAAUUAUCCUGUUUAACAAAUCCGUCUAAGAAAUUAUGGCUUUGUGAUUUCUCAUCUGGAUACCGAGAUUCAUUGAUAGUUCGCUACAUAUUCGUACGUAUCACAAAUUCCUGUUUCUUAUGUGCAGUUAGCAACGCCGCACAAAAUUAACAGUGGUUACAAAAUAACAAUGAUUUAACUGUGAGCGGUUAAACUGACUCCAGGCAC